AGUGUAAUAACUUUAUUUUGCAACAAAAGAUAUAGAAAAUGAAACGUACCACUAAAACCAGUUGAUAGUGUGUGUAUUUGUUGAUACAUACCCUGUAUAAUGUCGUUUUUUUCUUCAUAUAAUCUUGUUUUUUGUGAUUUAAAUUGCCCAUUUCGCUUGUUUAAAUUUCGUUUAGAAUUAAAAAAUAUAUAUUCUUUAAUUUCUUGGGUUCUUUGUUUUUUUUUUUCGUAAAAAGCAAAAUUAACGAAAAUAAGUACCAAUCAGGUUAAUAUGUUAGUUUUUGGUAAAGUGUCAUUGUUGUCAUCAUUUUCUCUUGAUACCAGUCAUUAUUGCUCUAUCCUUAACCAGCAUUGGUAGAUAUUGAUCAGUGGAAUAAAGUGACCGAACUUCUUGGUACGCCUUCAGAGUCCUUCCUAAACUUGUUGCAGCCAUCGGUAAGAUAACCAAGUUCAUGGUGCAAAAUGCCGACAUGACAUGCAAGACGAAGUAUACAUGUAACUUUGCUUGCGUGUGGGGCCUAUUUCCAAAAUUGUAUGGUUUGUCAAGUACUUACCGUUGUAUUGUAUGUGAUAGCUAUUGUAGUUACAUGUACCUUGAAGGUGGUUUAAAAUCCAUCUCCAUGUACGUCCGUCGGCUGCACUUGACCCUUUAAGCCCCGAUAUCCACUUACAAAUUAUCCAAACUGAUCUCUCUACAUUUCCCUGAACUGACCAUUCUGUUAAAUCUCAUAACCGUUUCUUUUGAUAACGUAUUGAUGUAGCAAGGAGAAAAUUGAUGUUGGUCACUUAUGGGAUUUUAAAGGGGUUAAUAAGGCUUUAGUCAGGAGCCCAUAACCCGGAGCGUUCAACUGCCAUAAAUUCGUGCAACGGCGUUUUUACAAGUGAUUUUAUUUUUAGAUAAGCUUUUCCCGCGAAAAAUAACUGUUCCACGAGGCCAAUUCCUCCAUUUGAUCGUCGUUUAGACUGUUAGUAGCUCGCUUGGACCUUGUCACGGUGGGCUAUUUCGAAGAUGAUUUCGAUUUAAUUCCCUUUGCGUGAAUUAUGUGUUGUUGCCGAUGACGCACAAGUCCUGGCUAGGUUUUGCAAAUCUUGCUCUGAACUGCUAGUUUCCGUCUAAAUACUGAAAUUGUCGCUUGAAGUACUGUCAGAAGACUCCUCUGAAGAUUCCUUACGUGUGUUUCAAUGUGAAGGAGUAGUCCUAGUUACGUAUUAAAGGUUUAUCAUUGAUGAGGCAAUUGCUAGUGAUUGGCUUUUCGAAAGGAAUUCACGGGAAAGGCUUAUCUAAAAGUAGACCUACUUGUGAAAACGCCGUUGCAUAGGCGCAGUAUGGAAGUUAGACGCUCCGAGUUAUGGGCUCCUGCUUUAGUAUAAUUACAUUGAUGAUUAUCGAAAGUAGAGCGCUAUGAUUGGCUAGGAGCUUCGCUUUAUCCCGCUACAAUCACCGCGCGGUCAUUAUAACAUUGAAGGCUAGCAGUUUUCAAAAUGGCAGCCAGAUUUUUGAUGUUUCGGAGUCGGAAAUUGAUCAAUAAUUUUAUUUUCUCAAAUAAUCAUCAAUGUAAUUAAACUAAAACAAUUAGUCGCCUUCGGCGACUAAUUGUCAAAUAAUAUGUAUGCUUCCUUUCAAAAUGAUAGUCCAGUUUUGUUACAGAGAAGAGAAGUCGUUACGUCACAUUGCCAUGGUACAAUGUAGCAAAAGUUUUGGAUAACAACAAACCCGAAAAAGUCACUCAAAAGUCUAUUCGGACUAUUUCAAACUUCACCGAUCUUAUUCAAUUUCAUUAAAAUUUGGCAAAUCUUGGCGAAAGUUUCUUUGGGACCGUAUCUAUCGUUAUCUAAGUUUAGAAAAAGAAAGCGACAAUGUUUGUGUUUUGUUCAGCUACUCCAUAAUGCGGGCUCGUGAAAUUAGGAAGUUUCGUAGUUUCAUAGACAUAGUGGUGGAACGACGGCGAAGAAAUGUAAAAAAUAGCGUGAAGUAAGUGCAAAGUUGUUGUUUGUUGAUAUAAACAUUAUUUGCUGUUCUCCUUGCCGUCGCCGUCGUCGUUGGUUUUGUUGUCAUCCAGAAAUAGUGCUACCAUGGUAACAUGACGUCACACUUCUCUAUUUUUAAGCAUUGAAACUGCUUCCUGUCGUCUAUCGCUGUGGAUGGUAAGUGCCAGCAACUCGCGAUUGACCCAAAACAGUCAUAUUCUCAUGACGUAGCCCCUUAACGUCCGUAUGGGAUACAGUAUCUGAUUAAGGUGCCAUCCCUUCUCCUUUUAACACUUCAAGUUUUAGUUAAAGGGCGCUUUUUAUUUGUCAGAACUGACCGGCCAGGACAUCCCCGUCUCAAUGAGAAUUUUACUUGUAAUCAAAGCUAUCCAGCCAGAUCGGUCAAAUUCUAAAUAGUACGCACCAAAGAAAUCGUUUUUCAUCAAAAACUCUGGGAAAAAGUCGAUUUCAUUUUCGAAAUGGCCGGUUCGGCUAUGGUCUGGCCAGCCAGCUUUGACUUUUGGAAAGCGUUCCAAGUUACCUCGCCGGUUAGUCUUGUCACACAACGCUUGUCCCCAGGAGCGUUGCGUGACGAGCUUAAAAACAGCUGCGAAGGAGAGUCUGCGAAGGAGACUCCCUCGCAGUGAAUAGAAUUUUAUUUAACUUGGUCGUUACAUUGCAGGUUCGAAUGUACUGUUCCAGUCGACCCAAGCAGCCUGGGUUUAGUUUUGAAGCUCUUUUCCCAGAUGAGUUAUUUCCACCUGGCAACAAACAGAAAGGUAAAAAGUACAUUGUGUUAUUGUGUUUUAUAGAACAGUGUGCAUCAGGCUCAAAAUGUCAACUUAUCGUUAGAACGACUUAUUAUAUACUUACAUGCACAUGUAUGAGUGUAUGCUAUGGGAAGAAGCAGGUUGCCGAUUUUCGCAUGACCUUGAAAAAUGGUUUCGGUAGUUGUUCGUUUUUUCUUUUAUCAGCCAAUGGAUGAAAAGAUCAAAACAUGGACUCUUCGUUUUGCUGCCAAAGAAACCCCCUUAUGUGGAAAAGGCAUCGUGCGAUUAGCCAAUCGUGUUGCCUUAUGACGUCAAAACGAAGUAUGGAAUGAUUUCUAGAAAGUUCUCGGGCAUGAAGUUUUUUCACCCGAGCGUUCGAUUAUCCAACCAAAAGCAACGCGCGUUUGUAUCUGUUCGAUAAACCAACCAGAUUACUUUAUCACUUCUAAGUGUGAUUACAGUUUUACUACAGUAACACCGACAACUUGUGGAUAUUUUAUUUUUUCAGCUGAUGAGUGCCGAGAUCUACUGUCCAAAAUGCUGGUUGUUGAUCGGUCCAAGCGGAUAUCAGUGAUUGAAGCCCUACACCACCCAUACAUACACGUGUGGUAUGAGAGGAGCGAAGUGGAAUCAGUACGUCAUUUUUCUUUUCUUUUUACUUCAUUUCUUUUAGUACUGAUUAUUUUCGUUGUAACGCUUGCAUACUUUUUAGGUCUGCUUCCUGAAAGGCCUAUCUGCGAAAAUCCAGGAUUAAGAUUUUAAUACACGAUCGUUUACCGUAAUGAUCUAAUUACGCCCCUUCAUAUCUAAUAAACGUUAAGUUUGCCGCGUAUUAGAUGCCUCUCUUUUAUAAUCGCCCCCUGUCUGAUAGACGCUCCCCCCCCCCCCCCCCCGCCAUGACAAUAGGGAGCUUUAGCAUCGACGACGGCGACGGCAGCGAAAAAGUCACUUUUAAAAUGAAUUCGCGUUUUUACAAACUUUGUCGCGUUUAUUCCAAUUCACUGCAAAUGUGAAAUGUGGGCGAAUUUCCUUGGAGUUGAUUUCUUGGCGACCGGACUCAAGCUUAGAAAGAGAAAGGAAACUUUGUAAUCGCUUGUUUACGUUCCCAUUAAUCGUGAAAUGAGGCAUUUUCACGUCGUAGUCGUCCAGUGACGGCAAAGAAAUGUACAAAAGAGUGUGAUGCACGUGUAAAGUUGUUGUUUUGCUAAUCAAACCUAUUGGUUUUUUGCCGUUCUCGUUGCCGUCGCCGUCGUCGUUGCUAAAGCUCCCUAAUUACUCCACAAUACUAGCAAAUAGCUAAAUGAAGCAAAAUCAUUCAAUUAUGCAGUUUUUUCACCCUUCAUUAACAAGGGUUUGCUUAUUACAUCUAGUUCAAUAUCAAGUUUAAAAUAAGGAUAGGCUAACGAUGACCCUGAACGAGGAACUUGAGAUUCGAAAGAUAGAUAUGGAUCCCCAGAGGACCUAGACGCCGAAAGCAUAUCAGUUUUGUCGAGCAAGGAGGCACCGUGGCCAAGUGGUCGGCGCGUCGGACUCGCAAUCCGGCGGUCCCGGGUUCGAGUCCCGCUCUGGCCACUUGCUGGAUUUGUACUCGGUCGUCCCGAGUUCAGAUCCUCGGCUACCCUUGUAAAUAGCCAACCGGUUGCGUCCUGCCAGUUGGGGUUUUUAAUCCUGCUAUGUUGUAUUUGAAUUAUUUGUUUCAAAAUAUCUGCGUGGAGUGCCUGUGAACUAGCUGGAUAAGCGAAGUGCACUUUCCACUAUAAACAAGCCUUUAAACCUUUUUUUAACCUUUUUUUGACAACUGUGAGAAUAAGUCCAUCUCAGUUUUACGCCCCCUAUUUAUUACACGCCCGCCCCCUUCCGGAAACCCUAAAAUUAAAUAAGUGCCUGGGCGUCUGUUAGCUCAUUUUAUCGUACUUACGAUCAACCCGGCUAUUAUUCUGUAGUCGAGCUCGAAAUGUUUUGUUUUAUUUUCCCAUUAAAUCAAAAAACAAUCACAUCAACUAAACUGAACAUGGGCUUUUUAAGUGUUCCAAAUUUAGUUCCUUGAUUCUUUCAGAGCUUGAAUCGUCACUGCUCAGUUUUGCUGGAUCACGUUGCACUUCAACUUGACAGGGAGGGGCUAAAAGGAAGACAAGAUAGCAAGACGAGCGCGGGUUGGGGGGAUUAUUUGAGGAAGGCGAUUAUUUUAAAUAUUUCCAUCGAAGGGUGGCGAUUGUUCGAGGGAGGCGAUUAAUCGAGGGAUGGCUAUUAUUCGAAGAAAUACUUUAUGCAGUUUUUCUAGAGGUUGUUAGAGUAUCAUUUUGUGUUAUCAUAACUUGCGCAGUAAAGGCUGAACAGUUAUUUUAUACAAGCUCUACAGUUUCAUGUUUUCUAAUUCUAGACACAAAAAUCUUUGCCUGAAUUUGUCACAAUGAUCAGAUUGUAUUUAUUUGUUUGUUUCUCGUAGGUAAUACCCAAUAAAUACGACCACUCCUUAGACGAGAAAGACCUCACUGUAGAUGACUGGAAACGUAAGUAUUUUUUUAAAAAUCCGUUAUUAUUGAUUUUGACGUUUGGUCAGCAAGUAAAUUUCGUACUUUUUCUUACUUUUACAGCGGUGUUAUAAACGCGAACUCGUACUUAUCCCAGUCCCCCUGUUUCACGUUUAUCCUUAUCAUUGGUGACCGGUCGUUCCGUCGACGCAUCGUUUCAUUAACGGUCUUUUUGCUAAAGUUUUAAGUCGUUUAACUUACGAAAUACCCUGCGAGCAGAGUCUCCUUCGACCUUCCUAGAUAAUUCCUCUUCCCGACUUAUCUAGGAAGAUCGAAGGAGACUCUGCUCACAGGGUACUUACGAAACGAAGCGAGCUCUUUGACACGAAAAAGUCUUAUGCUCAUGUGCAUACAAUACCUAGUUUUUUGAGUCAUGAUCAGGCGAAAGAAAUGGGAAGGGAUGUGAUCUAACGUUAGCGAAACGGCUUACGUUAUCAGCGAAAAGGACGUUGCCGAAACGACUCGUAGGCGAAACGACCGUAAAUCCUAUCGUGCAAUCAUUGCCUGUUAAAGGAAUUAUGUCCAUAUAAUUUAUCUUAGGUACAAUCUACCGAGAAGUGAUAUCUUAUAACAGUAUGAAUGAGAUCCCGUCCCCAGUUGAAGGAAACGGAGAGAUCAAUGCCUCCUCAUCCAGCUCAAGUAUUUCAUCAGGUAUUCGUUUUGUGUUGUUUUAA